AUGGCGCCUCAUCUCCUCCCUUCCAAUGCCACCGAGGGCCUUCGAGAGCUCCUUAAUAGUGCCUGUCGGACUGAUCUGCCCUGUGCCAGUGCUACGGUUGUGAGUGCCACAUCCGAGCUGUUUCAUCAGGAGACAGUGCCAAGCAUUGGUCAGGACGAUGAUGGGCAGUUGGCGCACAAACAUGAAUGUGACGAUCGAAUCUACUGGCUCGCCUCUUGCACGAAACUCGUCACGGCAAUUGCCUGUAUGCAGCUGGUGGAGCAGAAAAAGCUCUCGCUAGAUGAUGGCAAUCAACUGGAAGGACUUUGUCCCGAGUUGCGAGACGUCAAAGUCCUCGAGAGUGAUGGAUCGACGACAGAGAAGAACAAGAGGAUCACAUUAAGGAUGUUGCUGACGCAUACCGCCGGUUUCGGAUACUCGUUCCUCAACAAGAAGCUCGACAAGUACAACGAAUUCUCUGGGUCGGUCCCAGAGAUGCAUCAACCGCUAGUAAACCAGCCGGGGGAGCGAUUUGAAUACGGGAUCAGUAUGGACUGGGCAGGCAUCGCCGUCGAGCGUGCCACGCAAACCAAGCUUGACGACUAUACGCAAAAAUACAUCUUUGAGCCAUCAGGUAUCAAGGACAUGUCUUUUCUCCCUUCGAAGGACAUGAGAGCAUGCCUAGCUGGUUUUUGGCAGCGUGACGCAAACGGCCGUCUGAGCCCACGGCAAUACCCUCUGAGCAAACCCUUGGUCCCGGAUCAAGCGUCGGACAUGUUCCAGAGUGGUGGCGCCGGGCUAUGGGGGACUACUCGCGAGUAUAGUAAGCUUCUGAGGGUUCUGUUAAACAACGGGACCUCUCCCCUUACUGGCAAAGCCAUCCUCCAGCCCGACACGGUCGAAACGAUGUUUGAGAACCAGUUGACUGGAGAUCCGGACUUUGCUCGCACCAGCCUCCCAGCGGUGAAACCUGAGCUGGUAUACCCGUCCGAAGAACUGUACCCGCUCUGCCCGGAUGGUGAGCCGCAGGGAUGGGGACUCGGCUUCAUGAUCUCGCCAGGCGUGACGGGACGUUCUAAACACACGGCCCACUGGUCCGGCUUGUCCAACUGCUUUUGGUGGUGUGAUCGGGAAAAAGGGGUGGCGGGUAUAGUUGCGUCCCAGUUGCUGCCUUUCCCCGACCUCAAGGUAGUGCAGCUAUGGGCAAAUGUUGAAGAGGCCACCUAUAAUGGCCUCCAGGAGAAUUGA